CCUGGGACCCGCCUUCCCGACCAGGCCGUCACUGCCGGGCGGCUGCCCUUCCCUUCGCGGCUGCCGGGAGAGAGCGUCUGGCCCUUGUCUGCAACUCUCCUGUGCCGGGCCUUCCGGCAGCCCCAUCCAGAGCAGCGACCCUGUGGGUAGAGGACGAGGAGCGCAGGCUGCAGUCCCCUUGGGCUGAAUGCUGCGUGGAAGGAAAGCCGCUGGGGAGUCCCCGGGCCCCGUCGCUGCUCACUGGAGGAAGCAUGUAGAGGUGACCCAGUUUGACUGAACGGGAGUUGCCGAGACAGGCCCACUGCCCCAUCCACCAAAGGUAACGGCCGUGGCGUCCCCUUUGGGCCCGGAGGUCGUGCUGCCUUUCCAGCCCUCCAGCCAUCCUCUGGGCCCAUGUUUCCACAGCCUCUCAUCCCAGUGGUGGCGAGAGGCACAGAGAUGGGGGGCAGUUCUGUGCGGCGGGCCACCGUCUCUGCCAGGACCCGCUUGCGUGGCAGCAGUGGCACCAUGCUGCUGCCGUCCAUGCUGAUGUUUGGCGUGAUCGUGGCCUCCAGCGGCCUUCUGCUCAUGAUCGAGAAGGGCAUUUUGGCUGAGGUGAAGCCCCCACCGCUCCACCCCUCCCACGGAGAGCUCUCCUGGAGGAAUGCGGGCAGUGCCAGAGCUGCUUCGGUGCCAGAGGAUGUAGGGUACCAGGUGCUCCAGGAUAUCCGUAACAGGACAAUCCGUACCAUGUGCGGGCAAAAGAACAUGCCCCACAGUAUCUGGGACCUCUCUGCGGGCCAGAGAAGGACAUUACUCAAACACAUUCUGGUUAGUGACAAACAUCGCUUUUUGUAUUGCUACGUGCCCAAAGUUGCCUGCUCCAACUGGAAACGGAUUCUGAAAGUUUUAGAUGGCGUGCUGGAGAAUGUGGACGUGAAGCUGAAAAUGGACCACAAGAGAGACUUGAUUUUCCUAAGUGACAUGAAACCAGAGGAGAUCCGAUACCGGCUAAAGCAUUAUUUCAAGUUCAUCUUUGUCCGAGACCCAAUGGAGAGACUUUUAUCAGCUUACAGAAAUAAAUUUGGAGAGAUCAAGGAGUACCAGUUGAAAUACGGAGUGGAGAUAGUUAAAAAGUAUAGGAAAAACCCUGGGAAAACCACUGGAGAUGAUGUCACUUUCUCCGAAUUUCUCCGGUACCUCUUAGAUGAAGAGGUGGAGAAAAUGAACGAACACUGGAUGCCCAUCUACAGCUUGUGCCAGCCCUGUGCAGUGAGGUACGAUUUCAUCGGAUCCUAUGAAAGACUGAAUGAAGAUGCCAAUUAUGUUCUGGAACGUGUUCAAGCACCCUCCUUUAUACACUUCCCAGAAAGGCAAUCAUGGUACAAGCCAGUGACUCCUCAGACUUUGCAUUACUAUCUGUGUAACACUCCAAGGGGGCUUGUCAAAGAUCUGUUGCCAAAGUACAUUUUGGAUUUCUCUUUGUUUGCUUACCCUCUUCCAAACGUUACUAGUGAAUUUUGCAGGCAGUGAACUUUUGUCCACUGCUGAGCCAUCUCAGUGUCCUAUGCAAUUUCCUUGGGGGGGGGGUGUUUACUAACAUUUUCCACAUCAAAUUGUUUGCUAUGUAGAUUUAACCUUUAUAUACUAUGUAUAUAGGCCGCUGACUUGAGCACAAUAUUUUUCUUUGAAUUUGGGGAGUGUUUUUUGUAUAUUUUAGGAACAAAGCAAUUUUUUGUAGAUUUACCACAGUAUCAACUGCAGGACAGUUACAUUUUGGAAGUAAAUUGUAAUAGCAACAAUGGAAGAUUUCCAGAGAGGGCUCCACUUACCCCAGUCUGCAUGUGUGUGCGAGGUGUGUUUGUGUAUCUAGCUGGUAAGAUCUUAUAACAAAAGGGCAGCAAUUUAAUACAGUGUUAUUAUUUUAAUUCCAUUAUUAAACCAUAGUAAGAGACAUGUAUUUUGUUUUUGUAUUGCCCCUAGCAGAGCUACUAGUAGCAUAAUCCCAUGCACUUACUCCAAUACAUUAGAAUCUGUUAGCAUAGCCUGAAGUCUAUGCUAUCCAUGGGACUGCACUACAUAAAUCAAAGAUUACUAUAACACUUUGAUUCUAAACAUUUGUGCUCCACCUGCAUGAAGCAUUGCAGGUGUAAUGUUAUGCCACUGGAUUGGCACAUGUUGAUAUGCCUUUAUCUGAAGCACUGUUUUGAGUGAUUCACAGUGCAGUCUUGUGCAGAAUUAUUCCCUGCAGAAUUACUCCCUGCUGUUUUGCCCCCAAUAUUACUGCAGCAACUCUACACACGAUUACAUCUGUAUGUUUCAGGAUUUAGGGACUGGGCAUAAAUGCUCUAGGCCGAUCCUGCAUUGAGCAGGGGGUUACAUAAGAAUAUAAAAGAAGCCAAUUUUGGA